AUGAACGCGUUGCAAUUGAAGCAGCUGGGGCUCAAGCGCAUCGUGCCGGAGCGCCCUGUUGUUGCGCAGCGAUGCACCAGCAGCGCCUGGCUUGUCCGGAGCAGGCCCGUAUGCAGUGCAGCGGCGCUCUCGGAAGCCAGCGCUGCGACAGCAGUGGCGCUGGGGCACACCACCCUCUUGGCCCGGGCGUCGUCGGAGGGCCCCGCCCUCCUGGCUCAGGUCUCAGAGGGCCCCGAUUUCAUUCAGCUAGGCGGUGUGGUGGGCAUUGCCCUGGGGGCCGUCUUCCUGGCCCUGUGGAACCUGGAGAGGCAGUCCGCGGCUCGCGGCGCCGCGGAGGCGGCGGCGCUGCGAGCUGAGGUGGCGGCGCGGGACGAGGAGCUGGGGCGGCUGCGGGCGGAGCUGCAGGCGGAGCGCAAGAAGCGUGAGGAGGCUGAGGGGCUUGAGGCGCGGCUGAGCAGCGCGUCCAAAGACAUCAUGAAGCUGGAGAAGGCCCUCGAGAUCAAGGACGGGCAGCUGGACGUGUUCUUGGCGACAGCGCGGCGCCAGAUCAAGGCCCUGGAGGAGGACGUGAGGCAGCUGCAGCAGAUGCCGCGGUAG